CCGACAGAAACAAAUAUGGCAGCCUAAGUGUAGUUUUCUGUGGUGAACGAUAGCUUGGAAGCCCCGACAAUUCAAACAUCAGCAGCAGGUGUUGACGGCACCUUGAAGGGACAUUCUUUGCAAUGGCUGGCAAGAAAAAGAAAGGAAAGGGAAAGGGGAAGGGGAAGAAAGGCAAGAAGGGAGGGAAGUCAAAGGAGCCUCAGAUGACUGCUCAAGAAGCCAUUCUUGCUUAUCAAAUCAAUGUUGUGGAAAAGAAGUUAGAGGAUGUGUCCUAUGAAAUCAGAGGAUGGGAGGAGAAGAACAGAAGAAAUGUGGACAGGAAUGAGAAGCUGCUGGAAGAACAAGAACUGUUGCUGACACAUCUGUUGAAAACGAGCAGAGAGGUAGCCAAAGUCCUGGAGUCAGAGGAGGUCAAGACGAGAGAUGACGUGACAGAUGUCAUGAAAGACAAAUGGAAAAGACAGAGAGAAAGAGAAAAAGAGCUGGAAGAACUGAAGAGUCGGAUUGCGAUGAAGGAAGUAGAGAUAGAGAAGGUGACAAAGGACGUGUCAUGGUGGAAAUCGUUCAGGGACUCGGGCCAGCACAAGCAACAGAUGCAAAUCAAGCUGCUGGAGCAGGAGAUCAGAGACAUGGAGAGCAGUUUUGUGGACAUGGCAGCUCAUUUGACAAGGGACAAAGAUCAAGCUAUCGGAGAGAUCGAAAGGUACACAGAGGAUACGUUAUCCCAGCAGAAGGACAAGGCCUCAGAGAAAGCUAUGGCCCAGUUGGACAAGAAAGACAGGCAGGAGGUGCUUGACAAUGAUUGGUUGAAACGAGAGGUUGCAAUCCAUCGCGUUGAGACUGACAAAUGCAGGGGAUUUGUGGAGGAGUUGGAAAAGGAAAAUUUGGAACUGAUGAGCGAGCUGUUUGAAUGCUCUGUGGAGGACCUCAAGAUCUCCAGAAAGUUCUACCUGACUCAGUUUGAUGACUCGGAGAACCUGGACAGAACUGGUAUCCUAGAGAUGGACCUGUCCAAAAUCAAUGUGCCGUCAGAAGAAACAUUGGCAAAUAAGACUGCCAGGACAGAUUCAGUGCGCCCCAAGAGUGCAACACAGCAAGCGGUAGAAGACAAGGUGUUCUCCCUGAUGUCGUACAGGACAUCUCUGGAUGACACACAAGAGGAAUCAGAAGGAGAGGAAUCUGUCCAUGAUUCUCAAAGUGAUUACUACGAGAAUUACUUUUUUGAGGAGGAAGACUUUGAUGAUUAUUUGAAACUUGGUCCCUUGGAGCUGAAGCUGCUGAAUGUGACGGGGAGCCAGGUACCGAUCCACGAGGCCCCUAUGCCUUCCCAGGAGGAGAUCGAGGCGAAGAAGUGGAACCCGGAGGAGUGGCCAGUCACAUCCGACAUGCUCAAAGGCUGUCUGUCCAACAGAUGAAAUACACAACCUGAGAGUGUUUGACUGAGCAGUGCAAUGAAAAAGGACAAACAUUGAGAUAUUAGAUGUAAGACUAUGCAAUAUGAAAUAUUAGCGCUGGAAUUGUAAGAAGAACGAAGAUUUUAGUUGUGGCUAAAAGCGAGUCAAAGCAAUGAAGGACAUAGUUUUCCAUUCACAGAUAAGAGUAAUUGUUGGGAAGAUGAAAAAUAAGAGUGCCAGACAGCAGAAGGUCACCAAUCAACCACCUGCAUGAGAGUAACACUGUCAGCUGUGUGUGAAAACAUAGAUGAGAUUGUAAAAUUAAAUGAUCUCACCCUGACAGGAGUUGGAUAUCAAAAUGAUUGUUGUCAUGACUAUUUGCACUUUAAUUGUUGACUGUAGCUUUGCUCAUUUGUUUACAUGCAUGGUUCAGAGUCAUGACUUAUUUUAUUUGAAAAAGAGAUUAAAAUGCAAAACUAUGAAGUCUGGGAAAUAUUUUUGACAUAUUCCUCUGAAACUGUUUUUGCUAUGAUUUUUUUUCCUCUGACCAGGGUGAGGGUAGAGAAUGGGGCCGUGGAGUUUGUGUUGUAUGAGAGAAGCAUAGAGUGGAGAAGUGCUUACCAACCUGGGCAAUAUCGCGCACAAGUUUGCAUUUGGUAAUUUUGAUGGGUGGUGGCGAUUACCCUGGUAGUGACAGGUGUUAGUUAGAAAUACAUGUUCGUGGGCGAUACCAAAAAUUGUAACCUUUUAAAGGUGGCAAAAGUAGGCACUGGCUAUAAAAAAUUUGACGUGCACAGGAGUAGAGGGAUCGUAGCAUAGGCAAACCGGACUGCUAAUGUUCUCUAUAAUUACUCUCUGUUUUUUGUUUAUAAGAAAGAUUUCCUCUCAGGGCAGCUCACCUUGUACAGUUUUCCUGCUCUAUUUCUGUCAUGUAAAGUUGGUUUAUUUUGAAUUUAGAAAUUUCAGCAGCUUGGCUUUUGAAAUUUUUAGGUGAUUUUUUUUAGCCUGGUCUUGCUGAAUUUCUUUUUUGUCCUCACUUUUUAAAAUGGGAUACAACAUGUAGUGUUUAUAAACCACCAUCUGUUUUGUGCCUGCUUGAAGUCUUUUGAUUUAAUAUACCUCAAUAGGGAAAUGUGUGUGGCUGCAAUGGUUUUAUUGCAUUCACCACACUUUGGGAAUAGGAUUUGAUCCAACUUAACUGAUUGUAACAGUCAUUUAAAACUAGUUUUUAAUGCAGGAUGUUUCAAAAGUCACUGGUCUGUUUUCGUAUGUGUUUGUUUACAAAAGAAAACUGGCUACAUUGUUCUCAAAACAUCACAUCGGAGUUGUUGUAAACACUUCCUCGUUUUCAUUUCAUCUCUUUCACUGUGAGGGUUGAUGUGUGUUACUACGAAACUAAUAUAGAACAAUGCAGUGUGGUGACUUUUGAGACACUUUUGUGGUGAGCGCUCGCAUUCCUCUUGACUAUCGCGAGUUUAAGGACAUUUUUCUCUUCUGGGACAUUUGACUAGUUGGGCAUGGUGAAAAGAAUCUGGUGAAGUCCUGAUUAGAGAGUGGGUUUAUAACUGUACAGUUACAACUGUGACCCACCACACUGAAGUACGAGUGUGUGUUCUGUGCUUAAGGGGAACUGAUUUGUGAAGAGUAAUUAAAAAACAUAACUGCUGUAGUUGCUUUCUUGUCUUAUCUGCACACACCUUGUAUGUCCAUGGCCUCACAAAUGAAAAUAGCUCACUCUUGGCGGCUGAUGACAACUCUAACCUAUGUUGCCCCCUCUGCUAACCUAUGUAACUCCCUGGUCUGCUCAGAACUGUGAAUAUAAUCUGUGAUAAUUAUUUCCAUGCCAAAACAAUAUCCUGAGCCAAACAUUAUUCAUGAUGUCAAGAGGCAAAAACAUAUGUACAUUAGGCUUAAAGGCUUCACCUUUUUUUAUUUGUUUACUUUAAGAGACGUAUUGAAGGAAGUUUUUUCAAAAAUUCAUUUGACAGAGGAAGCUGGGGUAAGAUAUUGAGGAACUUACUGUGGCAUAUCUCAUCUAAACUUUUUGCUGAUACUUUAGAAGAAAGUGUUUUGGGGAAUAAUUGUAGUCGAUGUUGAUUUGUUUAUACUGAACACAUAUUUUGAAGAGGGGAGGGGGAGGGGGGGUGUUAGAUAUAUUGGUGGUAUGAUACCAUCUAUAAAAAAAAGGACACAGUAUUAAAGAAAAGAACCAGUUUAGAUUGAGAGUUGUACUGGUGUGAAGCUUGAUGAAUGAGGGAGGGGGGUAUCUGUGAUGUACAUGUAAAUGUAUUGUUGUGAUAUUUGUUUUUUUGUGAGAUUUGUUGUAAAUAAAAUUCAAUACCAAGUGAA